AUGGCAAGGUUUAGACGAAAAUCUUGCUCCACAUUUAUUGGUUUGGUGUUGCUCGUAUUCAUAGUAACAGUUGUUUUAAAGUCCUUUACACCAGAAUAUUCUCCAUUUGGAAGACGCUUUGAUCUUGAAUUGUUGCCUAAUUUCAAGGGACCUGGAAAAAAUGACAUUCAAAUGCUUAGUAACAUUGACAGUGUCGUCACUGAAGCAGCACUGACCAAAACGAAUGACACACACUCCGAGAGGGUCAAGAACAUAGAGGCUGCCCUCAGGCAAUUCCCUGCUCCAAACUACAACAUUCAUGCCUUUUACUACACGUGGUAUGGCAACACACAGUUUGAUGGAAAGUACAUUCACUGGGACCACCCUCUUCUGCCACACUGGGAUUCAAAGGUGGCAGCAGGAUACCCAAGAGGGAGACACAGCCCACCAGAUGACAUUGGGGCCAACUUCUAUCCUGCUUUGGGAGCUUAUAGUUCCAGGGACCCCUCUGUUAUUGAAGCUCACAUGAAGCAACUGCGAGCAGCAGCUAUUGGUACGGCUCUGAUGUUGGUAAUACAAUUAAUUUUGUAUUUUUCUGCUAAGGUAAGACCCAUGUUUGCCAUGUCAUUCAUCAUCAGUUGAAUAACUCAGUCUGCAUUUCUAGGUGUUCUUGCUGUUUCCUGGUAUCCACCUGGCAUGAAGGAUGAAAACGGUGAGCCAACAGAUGACAUUGUGCCUUUGAUACUGGAGUUGGCGCAUACAUAUCAUGUAAAGGUGUGUAUGAUGAUCAUGCAAAAGAGCAAGCAUGGCUCAUAUACAGUGGGGUUCGAAAUUCUUGGCACCCUUUAAAAGAUGCGCAGAAAUGACUGUACAAAAUAAAUACUUCAAAUACUGAGCUACAGUGGGGACAACAAGUAUUUGAUACACUGCCGAUUUUGCAGGUUUUCCUACUUACAAAGCAUGUAGAGGUCUGUAAUUUUUUAUCAUAGGUACACUUCAACUGUGAGAGACAGAAUCUAAAACAAAAAUCCAGAAAAUCACAUUGUAUGAUGUUUAAGUAAUUAAUUUGCAUUUUAUUGCAUGACAUAAGUAUUUGAUCACCUACCAACCAGUAAGAAUUCCGGCUCUCACAGACCUGUUAGUUUUUCUUUAAGAAGCCCUCCUGUUCUCCACUCAUUACCUGUAUUAACUGCACCUGUUUGAACUCGUUACCUGUAUAAAAGACACCUGUCCACACACUCAAUCAAACAGACUCCAACCUCUCCACAAUGGCCAAGACCAGAGAGCUGUGUAAGGACAUCAGGGAUAAAAUUGUAGACCUGCACAAGGCAGGGAUGGGCUACAGGACAAUAGGCAAGCAGCUUGGUGAGAAGGCAACAACUGUUGGCGCAAUUAUUAGAAAAUGGAAGAAGUUCAAGAUGACGGUCAAUCACCCUCGGUCUGGGGCUCCAUGCAAGAUCUCACCUUGUGGGGCAUCAAUGAUCAUGAGGAAGGUGAAGGAUCAGCCCAGAACUACACGGCAGGACCUGGUCAAUGACCUGAAGAGAGCUGGGACCACAGUCUCAAAGAAAACCAUUAGUAACACACUACGCCAUCAUGGAUUAAAAUCCUGCAGCGCACGCAAGGUCCCCCUGCUCAAGCCAGAGCAUGUCCAGGCCCGUCUGAAGUUUGCCAAUGACCAUCUGGAUGAUCCAGAGGAGGAAUGGGAGAAGGUCAUGUGGUCUGAUGAGACAAAAAUAGAGCUUUUUGGUCUAAACUCCACUCGCCGUGUUUGGAGGAAGAAGAAGGAUGAGUACAACCCCAAGAACACCAUCCCAACUGUGAAGCAUGGAGGUGGAAACAUCAUUCUUUGGGGAUGCUUUUCUGCAAAGGGGACAGGACGACUGCACCGUAUUGAGGGGAGGAUGGAUGGGGCCAUGUAUCGCGAGAUCUUGGCCAACAACCUCCUUCCCUCAGUAAGAGCAUUGAAGAUGGGUCGUGGCUGGGUCUUCCAGCAUGACAACGACCCGAAACACACAGCCAGGGCAACUAAGGAGUGGCUCCUUAAGAAGCAUUUCAAGGUCCUGGAGGGGCCUAGCCAGUCUCCAGACCUGAACCCAAUAGAAAAUCUUUGGAGGGAGCUGAAAGUCCGUAUUGCCCAGCGACUGCCCCGAAACCUGAAGGAUCUGGAGAAGGUCUGUAUGGUGGAGUGGGCCAAAAUCCCUGCUGCAGUGUGUGCAAACCUGGUCAAGACCUACAGGAAACGUAUGAUCUCUGUAAUUGCAAACAAAGGUUUCUGUACCAAAUAUUAAGUUCUGCUUUUCUGAUGUAUCAAAUACUUAUGUCAUGCAAUAAAAUGCAAAUUAAUUACUUACAAAUCAUACAAUGUGAUUUUCUGGAUUUUUGUUUUAGAUUCCGUCUCUCACAGUUGAAGUGUACCUAUGAUAAAAAUUACAGACCUCUACAUGCUUUGUAAGUAGGAAAACCUGCAAAAUCUGCAGUGUAUCAAAUACUUGUUCUCCCGACUGUAUAUUGUAUGCUGAAAGAAAUGGGGAUAUUCUAUUUUGUACUAAUACAAUUGCUUAGAGAAAGAGAUUAGAGGAAAUAAAAUAAAAAAAUCUCAACAAGAUAGGGGUAAAAAUUAUUGACACCCCUGUUUUCAAUACCUCACCUUGCGAGGAUAAUGGCACUGAGCCUAUUUAGAAAAUGUUUUAUGAGUUGGAGAACACAUUGAGAGGGCUCUUAGACCAUUCCUCCAUACAGAAUCCUUCCAGAUCCUGUCCUCUUCAAUUCAAACCACAGGGGUUCAAGUUCAGAGACUGUGAUGGCUAUUGCAAAAUUCUGAUUUUGUGGCCAAUUAACAAUUUCUUUGUGAAUUGUUUUAUGUGUGCUUGGGGUUAUUGUCAUGCUGGAGGAUCCACCUGUGGACAGUUUCAGCCACAUGGCAGAGGCAAUCAGGUUUUGGGCUAAAAUAUCCUGGUACUGGUUGAAGAUCAUGAUGCCGUUGACCUUAACAAGUGCCACCGGACCAGUGGAAGCAAAAUAGCCCCAUAACAUCAAAGAUCCACCACCAUAUUUUACAGUAGCUAUGGGCUUAUUUUCUGCUCAUGCAUUCUCAUUUCGAUGCCAAACCCACCACUGGUGUGCGUGCCCGAAGAGCUCUAUUUUCAUGUCAUCUGACCAAAGCACCGGUUCCAAUCCAAGUGGCAAAUACCAAUGCAGUUUAGCAAACUCCAGGUAUUUAAAUUUGUUGGAUGACAUGAAAAUACAGCUCUUUGGUGUCAAUGAGAAUGCAUGAGCAGAAAAUAACCCCCAUACCUACUUUAAAAUAUGGUGGUGGAUCUUUGACGUUAUGGGGCUAUUUUGCUUGGUGUUGGAUCACCUGAGUUGACUAACCUGUUCACAGGAUUGGUUAACUCUUGAGGUUCCUAGUGUCUCCACAGAGCUAGUUAAAUGUACUUUUAGUUUUAAUGCACCGUAUUGCUGGAACAAAAUUCUAAAUACAUUUGAUGUUCUGGUGCUGUUCGGGCAAUUUAAAGUAUUGAUUGGGGAUUUAUCUGUGGAGGAAUGUAACUGUUUUUCUGAGUGAUUUGUGAUGUUUUAUUUGUGCUUAGGAUGACUGUGUUUUUUUAUUUUAAUAUAUAUAUUUUGUGUUUUCAUGUGUAUUUAAUAUUGUAUUAUACAGGGCGCAUCUGGAAAAGAGACCUAGGUCUCAAUAUGUCUUCCCUGUCAAAAUAAAAAAUACAUAUAAAUGGGGUUAUUUUGCUUCCACUGGUCCUGGGGCCCUUGUUAGAGGAAUCAUGAACUUUACCCAGUACCAGGAUAUUUUAGCCAAAAACCUGGUUGCCUCUGCCAGGGGGCUGAUACUUGGCCACAAGUGGAUCUUCCAGCAAGACAAUAUCCCACGCACACAUCAAAAUCCACAAAGAAAUUGUUAAUUGGCCACAAAAUCAACAUUUUGCAAUGGCCAUCUCAGUCUCCGGACAUGAACCCCUUUGAAAACCUAUGGUUUGAAUUGAAGAGGGCACUCCAUAAGCACAGACAAAUGAUAUCAUGGAUCUGGAAGGAUUCUGUGGGGAGGAAUUGUCUAAGAUCCCCCCCCCAUGUGUUUUUUAACUCCUAAAACAUUUUAGAAAAAGGCUCAGUGCCGUUAUCCUUGCUAGGUGAGGUAUUGAAAACAGGGGUGUCAAUCAUUUAGACCUACAUUUUUGAGAAAAUAAAUGAUUACUUGUUAAACUAAAUCUAUUUUCUCUGAGCAAUUGUUUUAGUAUGAAUUCAAAAUAAUUUCAAAAAAAAAUUUAGCAUACAAUAUAGCUCAGUAUUUGAAUUAUUUAUUUUAUACAGUCAUUUUUGCUUAUCUUUAUCAAGGGUGUGAAUACUUUUAUUCUUUGACCAACAAUUUUCAGUUCUCAAAUCCAAUGCUUAUUUUUUCCAUAUUACUGUUGAUUUUUGUUUACUACACAGGUUGCUUUUCACAUUGAACCAUACAAAGGAAGAGAUGAAACAAGUAUGUUUAACAAUGUCAAGUACAUCAUAGAGAAGUAAGUAUUACACCAUUCCUUAUUUUAUAUUUCUGAUUGGCUUUUAGCCUUGUCAGUAUCAAUGGAGUUCCACUUCUAUUACUAUUCAACAUAGGUUUUACCCCAGCUUAACUCAUUCAUUUGUUCAGUAAUACCUUAUAUUGGCAAUGUUUAAAAUACUACCUCAGCUUUAUGGAUUUGUAUGUGAUUGAACAGCCCAUCUUUGUAAGUAGACUCUAUUUGUAAAAUGGUACUUAAUUUGUAAUCUUGUCAUUCUAUCUAAAGAUAUGGUGAGCACCCUGCAUUCUACAGGCAUAGAACAAACACUGGCAAAUUUCUUCCUCUAUUCUACGUCUACGAUUCCUAUCUACUCAACUCAGAACAGUGGGCAAAACUCCUGAAACACACCGAAAGCAGUAGCAUUAGAGAUACUCCCUAUGAUGGCAUCUUCAUAGCCCUCCUUGUUGAAGAUAAACACAAGAGGGAUAUCGUCACGGCAGGUUUCGACGGAGUCUACACUUACUUUGCCACUAAUGGGUUUUCCUAUGGCUCCACUCACCGCAAUUGGGAGUCCAUUAAAACAUUCUGUGACGACAACAACCUGUUGUUCAUUCCGAGUGUGGGGCCAGGUUAUAUUGACACCAGUAUUAGGCCUUGGAAUUUCCAGAAUACACGCAACCGCAUUAACGGGAAGUACUAUGAAAUGGCCCUGAGUGCAGCCCUAGAAGCAAGUGCUGAUAUUAUAUCUAUAACGUCAUUUAAUGAAUGGCAUGAGGGAACCCAGAUUGAGAUGGCAAUUCCAAAAACAAGCCAGACUAUGUACCUAGACUACUUACCACACAAGCCUGUUGUCUAUUUAGAGAUAACUCGCAAAUGGGCAGCAAUAUUUAGCAAUGAAAGGAAGAGAUGGCCAGAAUGA